AACAAAGUAAUAACAGACAAUAUGCAGGAACAUUUUACCUAUAUGAAUAAAUAAAUAUAAUAAUUUAUUACAACAACUUACAAAGCAUUUAGUUCACUUUUUAGAAAGGUUGCUGACUUCUGAAAUGGAGGUGGUUAUGUGACACAGACUUCAUCAUACUGGCUCUAAAAGCGGUGAUAUUAGUGACGGCACUGUACUUGAUGUACGCCGAGAGCGCUGUGGUGGUCCGUGAUGACGUCAUCAACCACCGACCAAUAAUCGGGAUACUCUCCCAGGAGCAGUCGAAAUAUUUCCACACGAAGUACCCUGAGAACUACACGAGCUAUAUAGCUGCGUCGUACGUGAAGAGUGUAGAGGCUUCAGGCGCGAGAGUCGUACCAAUCAUGAUCGGUAGAGACCGCGACUACUACAGAGAGUUGAUGUCGAAAAUUAAUGGGGUGUUGUUCCCAGGCGGGGCGACGUAUUUCAACCAGUCUGACGGCUUCGCUGACGCUGGAGAGCAUAUCUACCACAUAGCUAUGGGGCUGAACGAUGCAGGCAGCUACUUCCCCGUCUUCGGGACUUGUCUGGGCUUCGAGCUGCUGAUCAUCCUCGCGUCCGGCCGCGGGAAGGUGGAGAACAGGGAGAAAUGCUACUCGUUUAAAAAUUGCAGACUGAAUUUUACUAAAGAUUUCCGAAGGAGUAAGAUGUACAGGGACGCUCCUGAAUACGUUGUGGAUAUUCUGUCCAGCGAUGACGUCACUGCAAAUGCACACCAGUUUUGCAUUUUAGAUAGUAAUAUGGAAAAGUAUAACCUGAAAAACGAUUGGCUGAUCACAUCUCACAGUAAGGACGAAGACGGGCUGGCGUUUGUUGCGAGCGUCGAACAUAAAAGGUAUCCAUUCUACGGGGUCCAAUUUCAUCCGGAGAAGGUCGCGUUCGAGUGGAAAGCAUCCAAGCACUACCCUCACUCUUUAAAGGCCGUCCAGGCGAACCGCUACUUCAUGGAUUUCUUCGUCGAAGAGUGCCGAAGAAGCGGCCACAGGUUCCCCAGCCAUAGCGAGGAGAACCGCCAUCUCAUAUACAACUACAAGCCAGAGUUCACUGGAUUGCUGGGCAGUAGCUACGAACAGUGCUAUUUCUUCGAGCCCAGGGGAACUGUGUAAUAUUUGAAAAGGGUGAAAUUUUUUACCGUUUUGAGAUUUUGCAGAGUCAAUCCUCUAGAUAUUAUAAUCAACUUCAACGAAAUAAAUUAUCACCGUAGUGAAAAUUGUGUAGAAGUUAUUUAGAAUUAAUUUGUAAAUAAAUAUUUUGUAAAGUAAUA